GCAUGUGGUGGCACACCUCAGCUGUGUACACCUUAUCACUGCGCUUUGUUUACGUUUGCGCUCGCGUUCUGUUUGUACUGGUGCCGCUUGGUGCAAUUUUGGAUAAAGUUUUUCCGCGCAAAAAUUAAGUUUUUCUCAUCAUGGAUGAGAGUGAUACACCAACGUACUCGGAAACGAAAUUGAUAGAACUCAUCAAGCGGCAGCCUCCCGUGUGGAACAAACAUGAUUCGCUGUACAAAAAUAAGACCGCGGAAAAGACAGUAUGGAAAGAAAUCAGCAAUCUUUUAGAAACUGAUGUAACAAUCCUCAAGAAACGGUGGCACAGUUUACGCGGCCAGUAUCGCCGUGAGCUUCGUUCGCCACGCGCCUCAAAGUGGAAGCAUUUUGCGCGGUUAAGCUUCCUUUCGGAAAGCAUGUCACCGGUAAACGGUGGUUCACCAAACUAUCGAGAAGACGACGAUGAAGAUGAUCCGAUCCGAGUUGAAAGGCCACAGCCUGCGAGAACAUCGCUGGCGGCGCCACAGCCGAAGGAAGAACAAUUCGAAUGGGCCUGCGCUUCGACGACGUCACCCGAGAGGGAGAAAAAAGCACCACCUCCAGCACCACCACAAACGCCAGCCCCGGACGUUAGCAAAGAGGGCAAUUACUAUUUUGCGCUCAGCUUGGUAGACAUCCUUAAUUCCAUCCCAAAAAGUCAACAGCUGGCCGCUCGGUUGGCCGUACUGAACGCGUUGAAAGAUUUUCAGCAACCGCAAGCGGAAACAAGUUUGCCAGCUCAGGCCCAGGGAGAUUGCUUUAGUUCACUAGGUUAAUGUCAUUUUGGUUGCUUAAGUUAGAAGUAAUAUGGUAUGGUUUACUACAGACUGCUCGCAUGAGCAAAAUACAUUUGAAUCUUGUCAGAGCGGCAACGAGAACCAACACAAA